AUAACGCUGAACAUAUUACCAUUUUGGACCACGGGAUUUGUCAUGCUUACGUGGCGUUUAUGCUACUUGCAGAAGCUCAUCUCUUGAGCCUUCACGUUCAUUGUCCUCAACGGCAUUUACUCGUAUGUCAACUAUGGUAACCCAAUCGAAGAAAGAUAGAUCUCAGCCACGACCUUUGUUUCUAUAUGGAACUCUUUGUGCGAUGCCACUGUUGGCUUGGGCUCUCACGGGCGACUCCAGGAAAACGAAAGAGGUUGAAACUCUCGUUCAAGCCGCUUAUGUGAAGGGAUAUUCCAGAUUUUCCCUGUAUGGCAAAGACUACCCCGCCGUAAUCAAACACGUCGACACCUCCGUUGUCGACGGCCUACUCCUGUGGCCCCGAAAUCACUCACAACGUACAAAGUUGGACGACUUUGAAGGAGAGAUUUACAAGCUUACUCCAGUCGAAGCAAGGACUGUGAAUGAACGCGGCGAAGAUGACGAGGUGAUCGAUGCAGAUAUGUACCUCUGGGACGGCGACCAUGAUGCCAUGUCGAAGGAUGGCUGGGAUCUACAUACUUUCAUUCAAGAACGCCUUGAUGAUUGGUUGGAACUGUUUGGUGGAAUGGAACUCGUAGGGGACGAUGACAAAGAUUAGCCAUCCCUGAUCCUGAUCCACAGUUCUGCGAAGAAAUCUCCUUGAAAAGUAUACAGUAUUUGUGUACUUCUACAUCGAUGCGCUUGAGCUACACUUUGUUGGAAAUCCUAGGUGUUGUGCAGGGUAGACUCCAAGCUGGUAAGGCCAGAUAGAAUGAACUUGUUAUUCUACAGCUCCUACAGAGCUUGUAUUUAUACUCUCCAG